AUUUGCAAAUCCCAAUGGCCAAAAUAAACAUAUCUGUGUCUGUCAGAAAAUUUUAACCUCUUUCUAAAUCUUUUCUUCGUCUUCAUCAUCCAUCCACACCUAUACACUGUACUACUACUCUACACUGUUAACAUAUUGUUACUUUUGUGUUUGAUCAGUAAGUAUUUCUUUUCUUACACUCCAUGGAUGAGCAAAUAAAUCUUCUCUGAGUAUGGUGGGUGUUUCUUUGUUUGCAAGUCUGAACUACCAUUCUCUUUGCUAGCUCCUCCUACUGGUUCUCUCUCUCUCAUCUACCAAGACUACCAUCCAUCUCUCUCUCUCUCUCUCACACACACACACACACACACACCUACACCCACAAUAAGAACAUUCUCUUCCUCACACACUCUCCUAUGGGUUGCUUUGGACAUUCUUCAACAACCCAUGUCCCCAUGUAAGUUUCAGAUAACUGUGUGCGUGUGGGUUAGUGUGUGAAGAGUAGUAUAUCAUCUCUCAAUCUUCUCUAUGGUCUUUGUCUAGAGAAAGUACCCAAUCGAGAACAGAGUAUUUUGAAUUUUCCCUUCCUUUGUCUCUCUAAAUAGUUAAAAGUAGUCCCUACAAGCACCAUAACAUUCUUCCUCCAUUUUCCCUCUCUAAAAUCUAGAGAGAGAGAGAAACAAAAUGCCCACCAUUUUCUUCUUCUUCUUCAGUGUCUUCACCUUCUUUAGCUUCGCACCACAUCUCUUAUCCUCCACCCAAAUCAAUCACAACCGUCGGAUUCUCCAUCAACCCUUCUUCCCUCUUGAUUCUCUCCCUCCUUCUCAACCACCAUUUCCAUCUCCUCAAGGCCAACCACAACAACCCAAAUACCCAUUCUCUUCCCAAACACCCCCAAACAAGCAAGGCGCGUUUUUCCCAUUUUACCCCUCACCGCCACCACCGCCUUCCACCACCUCUCUCACCUCAUUUCCGGCGAAUAUUUCUUCUCUCAUCCUCCCUCAAUCCUCCGGUUCAAAACCCGUUUCUCGGAAACUCGUCGCCAUCGCCGUUGCCGUCUCUCUCCUCUCCGUCGGACUCAUUGCCCUUAUCGCCGCCUUCCUCCUCCACACCCGGAGGCACCGUGGUUUCGUCGACAAAGAGGCCUCGAGGUCCGACAGUCUCCGGCUGUUCCCCCCCAACGUCACCGCCUCCGACGUCGGUCACCGGCCGCCGUCGCACAACGUGUCCAGUACCAGCUCGGAGUUCCUCUACUUGGGUACUCUCGUGAACUCCAGAGGAACCGACGAAACCCAUGUGGUGAACCCAAGCAACGACGGCGCAUCGACCGUUACCGGAUACCAGAAAUUGGGUUCGCCGGAGCUCCACCCUCUUCCGCCGUUGCCGCGGCAGAAUUACCGGCAUAAUGCCGGAGUAGGUCCUUUUAGGGACAAUGAAGAUGACGAAGAUGACGAGUUUUUCUCGCCGAGAGGGUCUUCCGACGGUAAACAAAGUCCGAUUGGCCUCGAAUCGAACUCUGGGAGAGAGUUUCGAGCUGUGGAACGUGAAAAAUUCGGAAGCCGAAGCUCGAAUUCGGGGACGGCGUCGUACCCAUCUUCCAAUUCUGCUUCUCCAACUCAAACCAUGUCCAGUAGUCCCUCCGUGCCACUAAUUUCGACCCCCAGAAGCUUAAGAUCAAAAUCGCCGGAUUCCGUCGUUGAUUUUCCGGCCCCGUCACGGCCACCACCACCAAUACCGCCACAAUCUAUGAGCCCAUCGACACCGUCUUCAACUCCAGAGAGAAAUUCAGGGGAAACCCAAAAUUCACCCAGAAUGAUUUCGGAUGUUUCAGGGCUGAAGAAGCAAUCUCCGGCGAGAAAAAGCAAUGUUUCGGGUCAAUAUGUUGCUGUCAAAUUGCCGCCGCCACCUCCACCGCUUCCGCCACCGAGGUUUUGGGAAACACCUGUGGUGCAGAGUCUAAAUCGAGAAUCAAUGACAGGGCCUCCGGUUCUUGUAGUGCCGUCAAGACCUGUUUUCCAAAACCCAUCACUGGCUUCGCAGGAUGAACAAGCUCAGAAUUUUGAGACUGUGGAGAGAGAUGAUGGAACUCCAAAGCCGAAGCUGAAAGCAUUGCAUUGGGACAAGGUCAGAGCAAGCUCGGAUCGAGCAAUGGUCUGGGAUCAGCUGAAAUCUAGCUCUUUUCAGUUAAAUGAGGAAAUGAUUCAGACAUUGUUCAUGGUAAAUGGUACCAAUUUGAAUCCAAAAGAUAAUAUUCGACGCCAGAUUCUUCCGGCUCUUAAUCAAGAGAAUCGGGUACUUGAUCCAAAGAAAUCCCAGAACAUUGCAAUUUUGUUGAGAGCACUUAAUGUGACCAUAGAUGAAGUUUGCGAAGCACUUUUAGAAGGCAAUGCAGAUACACUGGGGACAGAACUUCUUGAGAGUUUAUUAAAGAUGGCUCCAACCAAAGAGGAAGAACGAAAACUCAAGGAGUUCAAAGAUGAAUCACCAUUCAAACUUGGCCCCGCUGAGAAAUUUCUCAGGGCAGUGCUUGACAUACCUUUUGCUUUUAAGAGGGUGGAUGCAAUGCUUUACAUAGCCAAUUUCGAUUCAGAGGUUGAGUACCUUAAAAGGUCUUUCGAAACUCUGGAGACGGCAUGUGAAGAAUUGAGGAACAGCAGAAUGUUCAUGAAGCUUCUAGAAGCCGUGUUGAAGACUGGUAAUCGCAUGAAUGUUGGGACUAACCGUGGUGAUGCCCAUGCCUUCAAGCUUGACACACUCCUAAAGCUUGUUGAUGUUAAGGGCACAGAUGGAAGAACCACUCUGUUACAUUUUGUUGUACAGGAGAUCAUCAGAGUUGAAGGGUCUCGUCUCUCAGGUGCCGAUCAGAAUCCAGUGGCCGAAGAAAAUCAUCCUUCUUCUUUCCGGGAUGAUGUCGAAUUCAGGAAGCUUGGCCUGCAAGUUGUUUCUGGCCUGAGUGGGGAGCUCACCAAUGUGAAGAAAGCUGCUGCCAUGGACUCAGAUGUGCUCAGUAGCGAAGUUCAAAAACUAGCUAGAGGAAUCACUAAGAUUGGGGAAGUUGUGAAGUUAAACGAAGAACUCCCAUUGAAGGACAGUAGCCGGAAGUUCUCUGAGUCCAUGAAUGGGUUCUUGAAGAAGGCGGAGGAAGAGCUAAUCAAGAUUCAAGCCCAAGACCGAGAUGCUCUCUCUUUGGUGAAGGAAAUAACAGAGUACUUCCAUGGCAACUCAGCUAAAGAAGAAGCGCAUCCAUUCCGGAUCUUCAUGGUAGUAAGGGACUUCCUUUCUAUCCUUGAUCAGGUAUGCAAAGAAGUUGGGAAGAUCAAUGAGAGAACUAUAGUCAGCUCCGCCCGUCAAUUUCCACUGCCAGUAAAUCCCAGUCUUCCACCAGUUUUUCCUGCAUUCAGUGGACAGCGACAGUAUAGUUCGUCUGACGAUGAAAGUUCAUCCUCCCCUAGCACCUGAAUUUUAUACUUGCUUGUGCUUGCUACUUGGUCUCACCAGAAUGCUGAUCAGAAAAUGGUGGCACUUUUGGCUUUUAAGUUUUAUUAUUAUUAUUAUUAUUUUUGUAUUUUUAUAUAAACCCAUGUAGAGAUUUUGAAAUUGUUGUAUCCUAUAUGUAAUAUACAGGGAAUGGAAUCGUGUCAGGACAUAAUAUGGUAGUGUUGAAGGAAUUGUUAGAGGUAGCUUGUAAAUUUGUCAGAAAUGGAUUCAAGGAUUGGUAUUCAGUGAUAGAUUCAAUCUUUGGUUUCCUUUUGUACAGAAA